AUGUUACGAGCUGCUGCGGCUGAACGGAAUGUGGGUCCUAUAGGUGAUAUAUUGGAGCGCUACCUUACAUCAGGCUCAAAGGUGCUCGAAUUUGCUUCUGGGACAGGACAACACUGCAUAGAAUUCGCGAAAAGGUUUCCUCACACUACAUGGCAGCCUUCAGAGUGUGACCCACGAAGCUUACAUAGUGUUGUGGCUCAUAUGGAUAAUGCUAAGCUCCCAAAUGUUCGUGUUCCUUUGUUCGUAGAUGUCAGUAAGUCAUUGGAUAGAUGGAUUUUACCAGAAGAUUUUCGUCCUUCGGAAGUCGAUGUGGUACUCAAUAUCAAUAUGAUUCAUAUUAGUAGUAACGAAGCUGUAGGAGGAUUAUUCAAGUCCAGUGGUGAACUUCUGAAACCAAACGGUGGUUUGCUCAUCACAUACGGUCCGUAUGCCCAGGAUGGCCUUAUUACUCCGGAAAGUAAUGUACGCUUCGAUGCUGGUUUGCGCCAACAAAAUCCUGAAUGGGGUCUGCGUGAUGUGAAUAUGCUUAGUGAAAUGGCGUCUGCUUCUGGUUUGAGGUUACUAGCUACACAUGGUAUGCCUGCCAACAAUCACAUGCUCGUGUUCCGCAAAGAUCAAUGA